UAGUGAACUGUACCGUGUCCUCUCCAUUAGUAGCGGCUCAACCGUGUCGGUGUGUACGCAGCCUCCCCGUCUAUCAUGUCUAACAAAUUACAAUUGGAAGCCCAUUCCAGCUUUUCCGACUUUCUAAAUAACAGUCAUCCGUUUACAACUAGUGCAGCUGUAGUCACUAUUACGGACGAAAAAUACUUUUCUGUCUACAAAACCGUUUCUUCCGAUGCACAAAAUGGAUCCGUUGUACAGUCUUUAGAAGCAAUUUUGCCCAAUGACGAGCCAUACUUUAUUUUUGUUCGUGCAGAAACCGACCCCAGUAAACUGCACUUAGUCUCUUUUGUUCCAGAUGAAGCAAAUGUCCGACGUAAAAUGCUUUUUGCAUCAAGUCGUUCGGCCAUCCUUGAUAUCGUUACCUUGGAACGUGUGCAGAAGACACUGUUUGCUACCUCAAAGGAGGAUUUGAAACAGUUGUCCUCGGAUAGCUCUUCUCCCGUUCCCGCUAUAAGUGAAAGAAUCUCAACUGCAAAGGAAGAGAUUAUCCAACAUCGUCCCAAUUCUCAUGCACCUCGGGGAGUUCAUUUGGCUUUGUCAAAAGAUGCAUCUGAUACACUUUCGCAACUGAAGAACGAUCCUGAACACACGCUCAUUGUGCUGUCAAUCACAAACGAAGUCAUUCAAAUGGUUGAGAAAUCUCAGAUCCCACCUUCUCAAUUAAAAUCUCACUUCAGCGAAUCCGAGCCACGUUAUGCUUUUUACACUAUAGCUGCUCCCGGUGGGAAUAAAAUAGUGUUUGUUUACGUGUGUCCUAUGACUUCUACUGUUAAGAAUCGCAUGCUGUACUCCUCCUCCCGCGCAGGUAUUUUAGACUCGGUUAAGGAAUUUUUCCCUGUUGAUGGAAAGAUCGAGUAUGGUAGCGUUAACGAUAUUGAUGAAAACGACUUGAAAACGUCCGUCGGUCUGGAGAAGCCUGCCUCCCAGCAGACUUCCAAAAUGGCAUUCCAUCGUCCAAGACCUCCCCGUAGAAGAUGAAUAUCAACCUGCAUUACUUAAACAAUCCAAUCUCGUUGGUUAAUUCAUGAGACGUUAUAUUAAUGGUUCAAAACUACUUGUACAAAAU